AGAGAGCUAGCAAAUGUGAGAGAGUGAGAGACACAGAAAGAAAGAGAGAGAGACAGAGAGAAGAAAAAGAAGGAAGGAAAGAGAGGUGAAAGAGAGAGAGAGCGAGCAAGAGAGAGAGAGAGAGAGAGAGAAGUCCUAGGGUGAGGAAAGGGUCUGAGCAAAGUCCGUGCCUGCCUGCUAGUCUCCGUCUGCUGCUCUUCUCCCAGUCCUGAAGCUCCAGUGCAGACGCUGGGUUCACGCCUCGACCCCCCGCCGCAGCCUGCCGCCCAGUCUGGGUCAGAGUUCAAAGUCUAGAUCACAGAUGAGCACAGUGUCUUUUCCUGCCUUGUCCCGCGUGGCUGUGUGUGGCGGUACCCAUGGCAACGAGCUCUCGGGUGUGUACCUGGUGCGGGAGUACCUGAGGAAGAAGCGUAACCAACGCAACGCCCAGGAGUCCUUUACCUUGACGAUGGUGAUGUCAAAUCCGCGUGCCGUUCUGCAGUGUCGUCGCUACACCGAGACAGACCUGAACCGUUGCUUCACUCGAGCCACUCUCAAUUCUCCCAUCUCCGAUAAGACGCCAUAUGAGAUUGCACGCUCUCAAGAGCUCAAUGGCUUGUUGGGGCCCAAGGGAAGUCCCGAAGCCAUGGAUCUGGUGUGCGACCUGCAUAACACGACAGCCAACAUGGGCCUGUGCUUCAUCAGCUUCUCUGACAGUGAUUGGAUCUGCCUUCACAUCUACAGACACCUCCAGAGAGAGCUGGCCACCAUACCUGUACGAUACAUACACUUUGACACGCCAAAGAAUGAAGCUUACUCUUUAGAGUCUGUGGGAAAACAUGGCUUUGCAAUGGAGAUUGGCCCACAGCCCCAUGGUUCCGUCAGGUCCAACAUUUUUGUUGCUAUGCAAGAGGGAGUAGAGCAAAUGCUGGAGUGGAUCCACCUCUUUAACUCAGGGACUCAGUUUGAGGGAGGGUCCGUGGAAGUGUUCACACUGGUUAAGAACAUUGACUACCCACGGGACCCGGAGACACGUGCCAUCACUGCGGCUAUUCAUCCAGAUCUUCAGGACCGUGACUUUUGCCUCCUUCACCCCAGUGAUCCUUUAUUCCUCUCUUUCUCUGGGGAGACACUGCGCUACAAAGGGAAAGAGCCACUUUAUCCGUUUUUCGUGAACGAGUGUGCUUACUACGAGAAGGGCAUCGCUCUCUCUCUGGCUCGACGAAGGAGAAUCGUCAUUCCAUCCAUCCAGUGCGACAGAGGCCGAUAGUCAAGAAGGAUGGAGACUUGACAACGGGAGACAUGACAAAGACACCUUCCACACUGGGGAUAAACGGGACAAAGUACAGACUCAUUUUGAUUUUGAAAUCCACAGCGAUGCCUGUGAGGAAUGCGAAGAGAAAUAAUCACAUAAAUGCAAUGUAACAUCAUCAGCUUUAAUGAAUAUAUUGCCUCACAUUUUCAAAUUUCCAAAUGCAGAUGCAGCACUGCUACAAUAGAACAUUUCAAAAACAGUUCUGGGAUAUCAUAAAGACAAAGAUGAAAACAAAAAGAUGCGAGUGAUUGAUAUUGACGCUUCCCUCUGGGGAACACACUACAUUCAAAAGCUGAAGAAAACAACUUAACUUUGCCUGACUGUCUAUUUCUAACAUCAUCUGUUUUUUUGUUUCUGUAUAACAUAGUUGGCAGUAUACCAGAAAUGUGGAUAGUGUACAAAUAAACAGGCAUCAUUAGAUUGAUAUUUUACCUAUUACAAAAAGAUAUUUUCAAAAAUAAAAUCAAAUCACCAUAAUAAACAAACUACUUCUAAAUAUCAAAUGUAAAAAAAAAAAAAAAGAAGAUAUUUCUAAUAGCGACAGACAUUACAAACAGUCACGACAAAAAUAAAUAAAAUUAUAAAUAAAUAAAUAUGAUGGCAGAUAUUGAGAGAAAAAAUGACUAGUAUUCCACAACCGGUCACCUAUUCUUCUGCCCUCAUUUCUCUGCUUUCCUCCACUUCCUCAAACUCAUUGUAACCCAUCACAGGCAAUAACACGCCAGCACCUAAAACUCAUUGUUAUUCACAGUCCACUCAAACAAAGUAUCAGCCACAAACCUAACCACGAAUAACAUAACUGACUUAAGACAAAAAAACAAAAAACAAUUUGCCUCUCUGUAGCCUCCAUGGUCUUCAUUGUUUGAAAAAUAAAAACUGAAAUGCGUGUUCCCCCUUUGGAACAACGAGGGCACGUGGACAGUUGCGUACAGAAUAUGUGUUAUCUCUUCCCAAUGACCCAUUCUCUGAGGACAAACAAAACUGCCACUGGAUUGUCAGCUCUGAAAAAGGUGGCCACGCACAAAUAGACAACCUUUUCAUAUGCUGCUUCAAUACACAGCAUAACUUGACAUGCCCACACCAAAGAUGACACAGACUAGUUGAUACGAGUAAAGCCUACCUUACAUUGCCAGACUUUGCAAAGAUUUGGAAAAGAUUUUUGAAAAACUACAGUCUCAGACCCUCUCACAUCUAAAGACAAUUCAUUGAGGUUUUAGUCACAGUCUAGUCACAGGCCAGUCUCAGAU